CCACCAAGAACAAAACCCGGAAUGCCAGACAUUACUUGUCCUAACAAAAGUAAAUCUCCACUAAAAUCUCACCAUUAUUUUAUGUACUAGUAAUAAAGUUGGUACUAUUGCCUGAACUUGCUCAAUCCUGCGCUUGCCGCAUUACAGCUAUCACUGCAAGCACCAAUUUUCUCCACUGUUUAUGGCCUCCAAAACCGCCGUCAUUGCAUGGGGUUCGGGGGAAGACGGCCAGUUAGGAAUCGGAAAUAAUGAGGAGAGAGAGUGGGUUUGCACCAUCGAAGCCCUUAGCUCGGAAAAAGUAUGCUCCGUCGUCGCCGGCAGCCGCAAUUCCCUCGCUAUUUGUGAAGACGGCAAGUUGUUUACUUGGGGUUGGAAUCAAAGAGGCACCUUGGGGCACCCACCGGAGACCAAAACUGAGAAUGUUCCUAGUCAAGUUAAGGCCCUUGCAAACGUCAAAAUAGUCCAGGCUGCUAUUGGUGGUUGGCAUUGCUUGGCUGUUGAUGAUCAAGGCCGAGCCUAUGCGUGGGGUGGUAAUGAGUACGGGCAGUGUGGUGAAGAACCUGAGCGUAAAGAUGAUACGGGCAGACUGGUUAGAAGAGAUAUUGUGAUUCCACAGAGAUGUGCGCCUAAGCUUUCAGUUCGUCAGGUAGCUGCUGGUGGGACGCAUUCAGUAGUCCUAACACGGGAAGGACAUGUUUGGACAUGGGGUCAACCAUGGCCUCCCGGUGAUAUAAAACAAAUUUCCACCCCAGUCCGAGUGCAAGGUCUAGCCAGCGUGAGAGUUAUUGCAGUUGGAGCAUUUCAUAACUUGGCCCUUCUUGAUAAUGGAACUGUAAUGGCAUGGGGUAAUAAUGAGUAUGGCCAGCUUGGAACCGGUGAUACACAGCCACGAUCGCAACCAGUACCCGUCCAAGGACUAUCUGAUCUUAAUUUGGUUGAUAUUGCUGCAGGAGGAUGGCAUUCUACUGCAUUGACUGAUGAUGGAGAAGUGUAUGGGUGGGGUAGAGGGGAGCAUGGGAGACUGGGUUUUGGAGAUGACAAGAGCAGCAAAAUGGUUCCUCAAAGGGUUCAACUUCAAGUAGCCGGCGAAACAGUGCAGGUGUCUUGUGGAGGUACGCAUUCUGUUGCGUUAACACGGGAUGGUCGCAUGUACUCGUUUGGACGAGGAGACCAUGGACGUUUAGGUUAUGGACGGAAAGCAACUACCGGGCAUCCAGCAGAAGUGCCUAUAAACAUCCCUCCUCCUAAGGAUCUGAGUGCGGAAGAAGGAAGUUGGUGCGCAACCCUCGUUGCUUGUGGUGGCCGCCACACGCUGGCUCUCGUAGAAUGGCGUGAUCAUGAGCAGCAGCUCCUCUGAAGCAAGCUUGUCAUGCUUAUGAGAAAAAUAUAGCUAGACUUUUGUUGUACUUCCGAAGUCCAAACUAACUUAAUUACGUAUCUAUGAACUCUAAUUCGAUAGAAUAAUCGUGAGAGUCUACCUGUUCAUCCAAACGGAACAACGCGUAGCCAACUAUAUAUGACUAUAUGCGGAUGUAUAGUUUGGCUACAAAAUAAACGAUUUUAUGAUACUAUUAAUUAGAAAAAUGUGAAAUUUGCCUUC